AUGGCGUCGUUGGGGCUUUGGGCGGUUCUCCCCCCGGAUCUCUUACGUUUCAUCAGCGAUGGCUUCGUUCUCCCGUUAGAGUCCUACUCCUCCAUCCGCGGCGUCUGCACCGCCUGGCGCUCCGCCCUCCCGACGGCAGCCCCUUUGCUCCUCACCGUUUCUGGUCUCGACGCUCCUCGCCAUCGCCAGGUCGUGUCCGCCUCGUUCCUCACGGCGGGCCGCUCGUUCCACCUCUCCGAGCUCCCCAAAGGCGGUCAACUCGUCGGCUCGAGCAACGGCUGGAUAGCCGUCGACACCAUCUGGCCGGGCAUCUUCCUCCUGAACCCUACCUCUGUGGAAUGCAGGUGGUUCGAUCUCUUCCCGCUGAGGGACGGCGACGACGUGCCUGUGCAUAAGGUCGUGUUCGCGCCGAACCCCACGGCCGACGACUUUACCGCCGUGGCGAUCUGCGGCCCGCGCGAGCUCGCCUACGCCAGGGCUCGGGACAUGAGGUGGACGUUCAUGGACGUCGCCAUGGCAGAGCAGGGCGACAAGCUCGCCGACCUGGUCUACGACACCGACGGUCGCAAGGUCAACUGCGUCACCGCGCACGGAGACGUGCACGUGUUCCACGUCCCCGGCUGCCGGCGGCGGAGGCCCAGAGUCGCGCCCUUACAAGCCAACCGCGCCGGCGGCCUCUUCGCCCCGCCCUACGACACCGCGUCCAAGCACACAGCAAAGGACGCCUCAGGGGUGAGGCCCAACUGUGUGUACUGGAUCGACGAGCGGUCGAGGUUUCAGCCCAUGGUGUUCGACAUGGCCACCAGAACAUCCACGCUGGCCGAGUUCAUCGGUGGAUGGCAAAACCAGACCAAACGAGCACUAGCACCGUGA